UUUGCUACCUCGGAGAAAUUGUGAAAUAUUUCUUUACCGUGCGAGAAAAUCCCGGAUAUCCUCAUCCACUUUUUCUUGGAAAGGAUCCAAAAUCACUCUCUGAUGUGAAAUAUUUCCGACUCCUGAAAAAUCCAGGAAAAUGUACAAUCAAUACUGUAAAUACUCAUGGGGCCAAAGAUAAUGGAUGGAUUCAGGACGGAGAAUCUUUCGGACCACCUAACAAUUAUUUUAAUGAUGUCAUUUUGAGCUUUCCUUCCAUUUCCUUAAAAAAUUGCAGAUCCCAACCUCACAUCAACACGCGUACCUAUGAAGGGCUCUUGGGCAUACCCAAAAAUGUACUGUUUCACAUCCUUUUAUCAAAACAUGUAGACCAACCCUGCAGUCUACUUUAGUUUCUCGUAGGGAAGAUUGUCAAAUACCUUUUUCUUUUCACGACAGCAAUCCCAAAAACAAAAGUUGACAGUAGGAAUCAUCUGUGAAUUAUCUGUAAUCGCGGAAACUAAUGCAAUUUUCUCCAUAGUCUAGCAAAAUUUCAGUGCAAGAUACCCAACUUGUUUUGAAUUUGAAUUGGACGGUAACAUAGGCUAUGUCGGAUACUAGCUUGAUUGAGCAACUUUUAGAAUGGAUUCAGCAACAUAAGCAUCUUUAUAUGGCAACGAAGACAGCCUCUUUGAAGGCAACUGAUUAUGUGAGGUUCAUGGUGGUUCAAAAUUGGCCUAUAAUAUGUAGUUGGUCAGUAUAUUUUGGAAGGCUGUUUUUGGUGAUGGCUAAACGGUGGUUAAACUGCAGUCUCAGAGGCAUGGGCUCUCUGCUUCAUGUGAGUUCCGCAGCUUAUUAUAUGCUGCUAUGGUGUACUGUUCUGAGCACCACAUCCAUGUCAGGCCUUUUAUUUGUGCUUAUAAGUUUGGGCAUAGCAUAUGUAGCUGAACCUUUGCUUGGCUUUGCACCUACAAUUAUAAUACUUGCUACUUUAGGGGCUACGAUGCUAUGGGUGUAUGGCAGCUUUUGGAUAACUGGAGCAUUGAUUAUAAUAGGAGGAAGUCUGUUCGAUUUGAAUCAUGCACGGCUGAUAGUUCUAAUCGCAACCAUUUAUUCUAUGUAUUGUGCUAAAGUUUGUACUGGAUGGUUUGGCUUAGUUUUUUGCAUAAACUUGGCUUUUAUAUCAAAUGACAUUUUGAAUUACUUACUCAAAACCAGUGGAAAAGAAAAUGAGAGCAAGUGUCCGAGUCAAGAAGCUGAAGAAACUACAAGCAGUGCCAAAAAGUUCAAUCAUCCUCCCCAAAGCACUACCUCUAAUUGUCAAUCAAGCAAAUCUCAUAAGACUAGACCAUCUAGUGAAAGCUCACAAUCUGUUCAGUCUGCACAAACAGUUAGAGAAUCAUCAACUGUCAGAUCACCAAGCAAAUCUCAUGAGAGUAGAUCAUCUGGUGAAAGCUCACAAACUGGCCAGUCUGCACAAACUAUUAGAAAAUCAUCAAACGUCAGAUCACCAAGCAAAUCUCAUGAGAGUAGAUCGUCUGGUAAGAGUUCGCAAACUGGUCAGUCUGCACAAACAUUUGGAGAACCAUCAACUAUCAGAACACCAAGCAAAUCUCAUGAGACUAGACCAUCUGGGGAAAGCUCACAAACUGGUCAGUCUGCACAAGCAUUUGGAGAAUCAUCAACCAUCAGAUCAGCUAAAGCAGAUCCAUCUCUUGCAGAUGAAGUGUUGCAUAUACUACAUAGUUCAGACCAUUAUGCAACGUUGGGUCUCUCGCGCUAUGAGGAAAUAGAUAUGGUAGUCCUCAAACGAGAUUACAGGAAGAAGGCAGUGUUAGUUCAUCCUGAUAAAAAUAUGGGCAAUUUAAAAGCAGAGGAAUCUUUUAAGAAGCUCCAAAGUGCAUAUGAGGUAUUAUCAAAUUCGGAUAAAAAAUGUGCUUAUGAUGAGGAAUUGAGAAGGGAUGAGCUGACAAAGAGUUCUCAUCAAAAACUUCAAUGUGGUGCUCAAAAAAAUGGAAAACACAACAAUUCGAAGUAUUAUUCUCAUAAUUAUGAGAAAGAGGGGAAGGAUAAUCCUGCAGUACCAAGCAUAGUAGCUUGCAGAAAGUGCAACAAAUCACAUAAAUGGAUUUUUACAAAUAGAAGCAAAUGCCAAGCAAGAUGGUGCCAGGAUUGUGAAGAUUAUCAUCAGGCAAAAGAUGGUGAUGGAUGGAUGGAAUGCUAUGACCAUGUUUUAAUGUUUGGAAUGCCACAAAAGGUGGAAAUGAAGCAUGCAUAUGCUUGUAUAGAAAGUAUGAUAUAUGAUGUAAGCGAGUGGGCCGCAUGUCAGGGUUUGAAUUGUCUACCAAACACUCACAACCCAAGUUUUCAGAUGAAUGGUAUGGGGAAGAAUACUGUAUAUAGAAGCAUUCAAACUCAUAGAGGAAGUGGCCAUGCUAGCACUGCCACAAACAUAGAGGAAUAUAUUAUGCAGGAACAACUUUUUGAGUGGUUGCAUAUGACAUUCAGCAAUUUCGAUAGUGCUAAUGGCUCACAAGGGAAUAGAGGAUUGAAGCGCUACUAUGUCAAUAGAAACCUACAAAGAAAUGGAAAUAGGCGAUGGUAAUGUUUUAGACAUGGGUGAUUGAAUCAGUUGCAUUGUAUCUAAGCACAUCCAAGUAAACUGUAAAUAAUUGUUUUCACUUGUUGUCUGUUAUUUAAUUCAAGUGGAGGCAAUCUAAUGAACUUGUAACAGUAACAUUAAAAGAAAGCUGUUAUGGAUAAAAAUAUUCAAGAGCAUACUUAGGAGCCACAAUCAUGCUUUUUAACAGAAUCCUCUAUAUUUCCCCACUUUCCAUUUAGUUUCCAAAAGAGUUAGUGUAAACCUUGGUACAAGCGUGUUAAGAAUCCUGACACAGAAUUGCUGCUUUUGAGAUUCCAAGUUUGUAUUACGUGAAAUUGAUACAAAUUUUCUGAGUGCAAUAUUUGAAUGCCAAGAAACUUGCUUAGUGCAUGAAUUGUUUCUGUUAUUUGAUUUUAUGAAGAAAGAUUAUGGAUUA